UGUAUUAUCUUGUAACAGACUCCUGAUAUAGCAUUUUCAGAAAAAUUUUCAGAUUAUGAGUUUAUCUGAAAGAAAUGGAAACUAAAAAAAGAAAACAUAAUGCCUGCAGAGUGCAUCUCUGCUGCAGAAAGAGUCCGACCAGGUGAGGUUUUCUUUAUGGCGUAUUUCACUUUGCAAAGGAUGAAUGCAGACGUCCCCUUUCCUGUAAACUAUUCUCUUCAGAGCCGGGCAGCCCCUUGCUGAGUUGGUCGCAAUCAUUGUUUCUCUGCAGCAUUAACCACAUUCCAGAGAGGCGCAGCGCAUCCCGUCUCCCUCCCCGCAUUCCUUUCAGGCGAACGAGUCCCCCGCGUAAAACCGCCUUUAAAUUCAAUUCCCCUGCUUUUUCUAGACGCAGACUGAUAAAAGAAGCCUAUUUGUGCUAUAAGGGAUUAUUCAAACCGGUCCAGCUUCCACUGAAGCGCCUGUAAGGGAAUCCCGGAGGAAAAACCAACAAGGGGAAAUUCCUCCGCGCAGCGCGCCAUUGACUGUAAAGACCUUUCAACUUAACAAAAACUGAAGUUGACAAACGCAUCGCCGUCGACUGGAACUGUGAGAAAGAGUUUUUCGGUGUUGGGAGGAAAGCAGGAGGAUCAUGCGGCUUGCGGUGCGGGUUUGCGCCUCCGCCGGCGUUUUUGCGUGAAGGAGCCACGGCUGCGCAGCGGCGUUUUUGUUUUGAUUUCCAUGUGAAACACAAUUAGGAGCUCCGCGGAGCGCAGCGCACUCUCAACUUGGUUCUCUCAUCUGGAGCGCAACAUGGAGCAUUAUGAGGAGGACUUGGGACUCCGGGCCGCCACACUGAUGGAGGACCUUACGCUGUAUGAAGCUUAUAAAGAAGGGAUGUAUAACGCCAGGAGGGACUUGGUUAUAAACCCAGAUUUAGACUUCUCCGCUCCGGCGGUGGCUGGGCUGAAAACCAAGCCGAUGAAUGGUACCUCUGUGCUCCACCAGCAGCAUCACACUUUGGAGAAUUUCACGCCGGGGAAUAAAGUGUAUAACGCGGCUCCUGUGCGUCCGGUGAGCUGCAGCCGGACGGUUCCCGUGGAUUUCUGCGCCCCUCAGAGAGACGCUCCGUUCACCGAGGAGGGCUGCUGCACCAAAUCCGAAGUGGCUUUGCCCUGCUACCCCGGCACAUCCGAAAGGCACCGGAGGUACUCUUUAGAGGUGCAGGGACACAGGUACAGCACCGGGUCCACUUUUGACGGAGUCCCUCUCAGCAAAGCGGCGCCUCUGCCCGGCAACAGGUGCAACAGCAUCUGCAUAACCAGCAGCCACGACGGGAGGUACGGCGCAGCGAGUCCCCGCUCCAGCCUGGCGUCCUCCCUGUCCUCUCAGGAGCAAAGCAAGCAUGCCAGCCCGCGAUCGAGCAUCAGCAGCCCGCGCACCAGCCUGGUGGUACCGACCCACGACCGAUACAGCAGCCCCAGGUCCAGCUUGGUUCACUGUGAGGGCAACGGCAUCCUCAGCCCGCGAUCCAGCUAUGCAAGCACGGCCAGUGACACGAGCAAGCACUCCAGUCCCCGGACCAGCCUGAACAGCUGCGAUUGCUGCAGCAAACCCAGCAGCAACCGCACCAGCGGCAUCAGCAUGGGCUACGACCAGAGGCACGCCAGUCCCAGGUCCAGCACGGCCAGCCAGUACUCCUUUACCACCAGUCCGAGAUCCAGCUACUCUGACUCUCGGUACGGGCCUGUGGUCAACCAUGACCUGGAGGGGGCCAUCCUGCACGGCGCGCCCCUGGCGAGUCCCCGAUCCAGCUUCUGCAGCCAGGACGGGAGCGCUAGAGCCGGGGCCGCGGCCAACUGCGUGCUCAGCCCGCGCUCCAGCAUCUCCAGCCACAGCUCCAGAAGCUCCCGCAGCUCCAGGGGGUCUAUGAGCACCUACCCGGACCUGCAGCUGCCCUCACCCAGGUCCUCCAUGCUGGGCAGCGGGUUACCUGAGGACGCCUUACUGCAGGAGCUCGCAGACUCCAACGGGAUGCAGACUCGCAUGCAUCUGCAGACGGUGCCCGAACCUCAGCCUCAUCCGGGAGGGAGCGCGGAGAUAAACGCCGGUUCACCGUCCUCCUUCAGCUACGGCGUUACCUCAAAGGCGGCCUCAUCAGGCCAGAGGUAUAAGUUACCUUACCAGGUGACCCCCAGCAGGGAGAAUGGGCCGAGCCAGGCGGAGAAACGGCUGGAGGCGCUCACCUUGGAGCUGGAGAAGGAGUUGGAGAUGCAUAUGAAAAAGGAAUACUUUGGUAUCUGCGUCAAAUGUGGGAAGGGUGUGUACGGGGCCAGCCAGGCAUGCCAAGCCAUGGGGAACCUCUAUCAUACCAACUGUUUCACCUGCUGCUCAUGUGGGAGGAGGCUGCGAGGGAAGGCCUUCUACAACGUCAAUGGAAAGGUGUACUGUGAGGAAGACUUCUUGUACUCCGGCUUCCAGCAGACGGCUGAGAAGUGCUUUGUGUGUGGUCACCUCAUCAUGGAGAUGAUCCUCCAGGCGCUCGGCAAGUCCUACCAUCCGGGCUGCUUCCGCUGCGUCGUGUGCAAAGAGGGCUUAGACGGAGUGCCUUUCACUGUAGAUGUGGAAAACAACAUCUACUGUGUCAAAGACUACCACACGGUUUUUGCUCCAAAGUGUGCUUCAUGCAACCAGCCCAUCCUUCCAGCCCAGGGCUCUGAGGAAACCAUCCGGGUCGUGUCUAUGGACAAGGACUACCAUGUGGAGUGUUACCACUGUGAGGAUUGUGGUCUCCAGCUGAACGAUGAGGAGGGUCACCGCUGUUAUCCCCUAGAAGGUCACCUUCUCUGCCACAGCUGCCACAUCCAACGACUCCAGUCGAAGCUGCCUGCCCACCCGCCACCGAGCUACCCCCUUCAUGUGACUGAACUGUAAGAAGGGGACCUAGCUUGUCCUCCUUGAUAAUCCAGGAUACGAGAAGUGGGGUGGAAAGGUGCGGACUCCCACUCCGGCCUCCGUUUGUGGGAAAGCCAUUGUAAGGAAAAUCUGGAACGCUGCGGUAAACCCCAAAUACAGAAAGGAAUACCAUUCACGUUCCUCUCCUCCAUCUUAGAAUUAGGGCGCAUAACCUGAAAGCAGGUUAACCCCAAAGGCCCAAGCGACCUCACACCUUUAUUUGACCUUUUUAAGGUAAGAGUUCCUGGACUUCCUGUAUUCUGACUGAAGAGCUCCACAGCAGAGCUGUCGCGGCUGAGAACGCUGCAGUGAGGAAAGGAGACAUUGCAUACCGGUGUUGGCUGAACCGGGUGGUUGGUGCCUUCAGAACGAUUUUCUCUCUGUGCAGCUGCUAACACUGAAAGAGAGCCCUGAAAAAAGGCUAUGCAAAGGACACCCGGCACCAUGACACAGGGCUGUGAGGACAAACGAACGGCUGUGAGAACAACUACUCUGCAACGCCUCGACGUAGCACCGCAAGCCCAGAGAACCCGACUGACAUUCCACAUAGAUGUCCAACAGGACACCUCCAGAGAUUCACAAGCAUUGUCUUAAUUAAUGGUUAAUGUUUAUAUUAUGGAGAGAAAGAAAACUUUAGCUGCACAUAGGUCGUCUUUUUAUAUAUGAAUAUAUAUUUCGCAGACGUUUUCCACAUAAAAGUCUUAGAUGUAGAUUGUAUUUUUUUAUGUAAGCGUAUCUGUGAGCGUGACGAAAAUCGGAGGUGUAGCUAAAACCUCUGCAGUUUCUCGGUCUGUCGUAUUCAUUUUCCUACAGUCUCUUCAUGUCUGUCAGAAAGGCAGAGAUCCACCUGGAGCAGAUUGUAAAAUGCUGUUGUUUCAUCCCACUUGACGUUCUUACACAGAGCUCAUUGUGUUACUUUCAAACAGAUUUAUCCACAUUAAGCUGAUGUGAACCAAAAAAAAAAAGGAUUUUAAACACAUUGCAGGAUUUUGCACCUCUCUGUUACAAUUUAAAUUCAGAAACUGGAUCUAAUUUAAUGUUUUGUCUAAAAUAUUAAUGAAAAAACAUAUUACUCUGAAUUCCUUUCAUUUAGAUUUCAGCUUCUUUCAUUAAAUCUAUGUUAAUAAAGCCACUUAAAGUUGGAUGAAACAAACUGCAUGCUUUCAUAAAAGUUAGGCAGGUUCACUAUUGU